GUUGCCAUCCAUCUAGUGAUGGGGAAGUUCAGUUUCUUCUAAGAAGCUGACACGUCAUGAGGUCUCAAUAGGAAAGCUUGCUUGUUUCUCUGUGCUGGGACAGCAUAACAUCAAGCUUCAGGACUCAAAUCCCUGACCCUCUCAGCCAGACAGUCUCUCUUCUCAGGUCCUGUCACCCUCCCCUCUGAUGGUUAACAUAACUGUGUCUGGGCUGGGAAACUUUGUUGCAUCCCCUGUCACACACAGUUCUGCAAGAUGUUAAGGCUCCCUUGCCUUUUCCUCUUCUUUGUUCUAUAGAGUUCAGGCAGCUAUGGAUAAAAAGGGGGUGUUAACCGAAGCGGUGAAUGGCGAUACGUCGCUCGACGCAAACAGAAUUCAUGCAAUGAAAUUCCCUCAUCGCUACACAAAGGAAGAACUCCUGGACAUCAAAGAGCGUCCCCACUCCAAACGGAGACCAUCAUGUCUUUCUGAAAAGUAUGACAGUGAUGGUGUUUGGGACCCUGAAAAGUGGCAUGCCUCCCUGUACCCAAAUUCCGGAAGGACCUCACCGGUUGAAGGACUUAAAAAGGACUUGGACUCAGAUCGGGCUUCCCUGGUGCGCAGGGUUGUGGAUCCCAGGGAACGGGUAAAAGAAGACGACUUGGAUGUGGUGCUGAGUCCGCAGAGGCGAAGCUUUGGGGGAGGCUGUCACGUGACGGCAGCGGUGGGCUCACGUCGGGCAGGGAGCCCACUGGAGAAAGAAAGCGACGGCGUCCGGGUCAUUGGCGGGCGCCGGAUCGGCAGCGGGAGAAUCAUCUCUGCGCGGAACUUUGAUAAAGAUCACCGAGGUGGUGAGAAGGACUUGCGGGAUGCCAGAGAGACGAGGGAGAGAGACCGCGAGAGGGACUACAAAGACAAGCGAUUCCGGCGGGAGUAUGGCGAUAGCAAGCGCAUGUUUGGGGAACGGAGGAGGAAUGACUCCUAUACAGAGGAAGAGCCCGAAUGGUUUUCUGCUGGCCCCACAAGUCAGUCUGAAACGAUUGAACUGACUGGGUUUGAUGAUAAAAUACUAGAAGAGGAGCACAAAGGUCGGAAGCGAACAAGGCGGCGGACCACUUCGCUGAAGGAAGGAAUAGAAUGCAAUGGUGGCGUAGCUGAAGAAGAGGAGCUGCAGACGGUCCUCGGCCAGGAGACGGCCGCCGACCAGGAGGUCCCGAGGGAAAUGGUCCUGCCAGAACCGGCUCCAGGAGAGUUUGAUUUCAACGAGUUCUUCAAUCUGGACAAGAGCGUUCCUGGUUUGGCUUCGAUGAUAGAAGAUGUGCUGGGGGAAGGCUCUGUCUCAGCCAGUCGGUUCAGCCGCUGGUUUUCUAAUCCUAGCCGGUCUGGAAGCCGUUCGAGUAGCCUUAGAUCUACGCCCCACGAAGAGCUGGAGAGAUUAGCAGGUCUAGAGCAAGGCGCUCUGUCCCCCGGUCAGAACUCUGGAAACUACUUUGCUCCCAUUCCUUUGGAAGACCAAUCUGAAAACAAAGUGGACAUCUUAGAGAUGCUACAGAAAGCCAAAGUCGACUUAAAACCCCUCCUCUCGAGUCUCUCAGCCAACAAGGAGAAGCUGAGAGAGAGCACGCACUCAGGAGUUGUGCUUUCAGUGGAAGAAGUAGAAGCUGGGCUGAAAAGCCUGAAAGUGGAUCAGGAGGGGAAGCCCGCGGCCCCCUUAAUGGCAGAGCAGGUGGAAGACGCCCGUGGCAUAAAUGACUCCCGGCAUGUUAAGGACGGCGACAUGUCUGCUUUCAACAAGCUAGUCAGUACCAUGAAGGCGAGCGGGACACUCCCUUCGCAACCCAAAGUCAACCAAACCCUUGAGAGCCACUUGAUGUCCCCUCCCGAGAUGCCUGGGCAGCCUGCCACAAAGAAUAUAUUGCAGGAGAUCCUCGGGCCUCCCGCCAACAGAACGGCACCCUCAAACGUCCUCAGCACGCUGAUGAGUGGCCUGGAACCCGUCUCUUCCCUCCUCGGCCAGAGGGCACCCUCUCCGCCGCAGCCUCCCAUCUCACAAAUGUUCCCGACUCGAGCUGCUUCGGCUGACUACCUGAGGCAUCGCAUUCCCUCCCCAGUAGGAUUUGGGCCGGGUUCUCAGCAGCUGCUUGGUGAUCCCUUUCAGGGGAUGCGGAAGCCCUUGAGCCCAGCCACGGCACAGCUGAGUCCACUGGAACUACAACAGGCUGCCUUGGAGGGACUCUCUCUCCCCCACGACCUGGCCAUGCAGGUGUCGCACUUCUACCAGCCGGGCUUCGGCAAACUGCAAAUGGACAAAACCAGAGAUGGAUUCAGGAACAGGCCGCAACGCAUGGCUAGAUCUCCGGCCUCCCUGGGCCCAAGAGGGAAUGCGGCGUCUCCUCCAGCCUCUGCUGCUUCUGUCACGAGCAUGCUGUCUCCUUCCUUUACCCCGACCUCGGUGAUACGCAAGAUGUACGAAAGCAAAGACAAAACUAAAGAUGAACCCAAUCACGUCAAGGGGAAAGGCAGUGAGAGAGACGAGAAUCUCAGGACGAACGAAGAGAGCCUGCUGUCUUCUCGGUCCGCAGAGCAUGCCGAUCAAGAGAAUGCACCCUCCCUCGGCACCAGGCUGGCCACCCUGCAACGUUCGGCCUGUUCGACGCCCCUUUCGCAAACCCAUCGUGGCACAAAAGAGCAGGAUUUCCGCCCAAAGUGCACUGGAAGGAAGAGCCCAAACGUGGCCUCCCCAGGACCAGGGACGACCUUUCUCCGCCCAGUUCACCAGGUCCCCCUCGUGCCUCACGUCCCAAUGGUACGGCCGGCUCAUCAGCUCCCACCAGGCCUAGUCCAAAGGAUGCUGGCCCAGGGAAUCCACCCGCAGCAUCUCCCGCCUCUGCUGCAAGCAGGUAUGAUUGCUCCCGGGGUAGACCUGGCCCACCUGCAGGGGAUGUCGACGGCUUCCAUCCUGGGUCAGCCUUGCUACCCACUUCCAACCGCUGGCCAUCCUCUUUUGAACCCUCGCUCUGGGACACCUUUGCAUCUGGCCAUGAUGCAGCAGCAGCUACAGAGAUCAGGGUCCAGCGCCCCAGGGCCUGCUGUCAGCGUGCAGACCCCGCCACCGAACGUGCCCUCUCGGACAGGGCUUGCUCACAUGCACUCUCAGCUGGACCCUCGCGCCGGCCAGCGCAGCGGCUCCCCCGUCGGCCUGGCCAAGUGGUUCGGUUCCGACGUCCUGCAGCAGCCGCUCCCUUCCAUGCCCUCCAAAGUCAUCAGCGUGGACGAACUCGAGUACCGGCAGUGAGCGAGCGGCUGUGGGGCUCUGCCCUGGAGGCUUCCUUGUUUGUUUUGGGGCGCCUUUGGUUUUAGCACUUUGUGCGAGUUCUUUUUUGAGUGACUGUGAAAGCCCCCGGUACCUGUCCCAGCUUCCUGGUCUAUGUCCAGAUGGAGGAGAAUCUCUGACAGACCGAACUGGGAACCCUGAAGAAUCUUGGAUGCAAAAGAGUGCCAGUUUAGUUCUGGAAGCAUCUGCCUUUUGGUUUGAAUUUUUUUUUUUUUUUUUUUUUGUAAAAUAUGUGAAUGAAGCACUGACGUCCUCUGGGAGUAGAGGGUUGCAGCCGAGGGGUUCCUCACCGGAAAUGAAAUGUAUAGAACCUUGUGUACAUACAGUCCAGUGUACAAACCUCUUUUUUGUAUAUACCCACAGGAUAGCCUUUUUCAAACCUAUACAGCUGUACAUAAGAGUAGCUAGUAAAGUUAAGCUUUAGUUUAUGUGUCUCUGGUUUGAAUCUUUUCACUGUACAUGUGGGACUUAAGUUUAAGAUUAAAGGUGCCGCAUUAUGUCAAGUGUGAGUAAACAAGGGUGAAGUUG